GAGGACUGCGCUCAUGGCCUUUACUGUUUCAGUUUCCCGCUCUCACAGUCUCACCCUUCUUAGUUUCCGUCUCUAUCUUUCGAUCUUGUUGUGGCAGGAUGGAAGAGCAAAAUCACUAUUUACCCAUCUCUUCUUCUGCUUCCAUCCAUGCCCAUCCCUCUGAUUCCGCUCCGUCGUCGUCGUCGUCAUCUUUCCUGGCUUCCUCUUCCUUGCAAGCCCAGGAAGAAGAGGCCCAGAUUCUUCAAGAGCAGGACCAGCAGCGUCAGGCAAGCGUCUCUUAUCGUGUCAACAUCUCAAUACCCGCCAUGCCAUCCUUCGAGAUGAUGGAUGAUGCCUGGUCCUGCCUCAUCGUGCUCAUCACCUUCUGGUUCUUCGCAGCAUCCAUGACUCUGAUACUGGGCUUUUAUGGAUCUGUGAAUUUACAAUUGACCCCAAAUUACUCCCGUCUCCUGCAAGCUAAUUCGAUCUUGGUGCAGGAUAUCAAGGUGCAAGAAGAAGGAGACCCAAAACCUAGUCCGAUCCUAUAUGGCUUUUACGGAACACCUCGUCUUGAUGUCGAGACGACUUGGUCUCAAAUCCAUAAUGCUUCUAUUCCACCCAAUUUCCACAAGGAGUGGAUGUAUUUCCUGAAUGUAGGAUCCCAACUGGAUAUUUUCUACAGUGUGAAAUCUCAGAACUCCCCUUUAUUCCUUGUAAUUGCUGAAGGUAAAGAAAACUUUGUCGAGUGGAUAGAAGAUCCAUCAUAUCCAAAUACUACAUUGUCAUGGAAUAUCAUUCAUGGAAGUGGGACGAUUCAACAGAAAGUUUUCAAGUCAUCUAACUACUUUGUUGCAUUGGGUAACUUAAAUUCUGAGGAGGUGAAGGUAAAGUUGGAAAUUACAAUAUGGGCUCUCAUGUAUAAUACAACAGAGGCAUAUUACAAAUGCUCCGUGUCUCACAGUUCAUGUGAUUUGAAGCUUUUCCUUGUGGGGUCCAAUGCUGCUGUCCUAACCUCUUCUGGUCCAGAACAGGACACAGACAGUGAUAGCCAAUAUGUCAUGCUUUCGUAUGGACCACGAUGGCUCACAUAUCUUGUUGCCUCAGGUGGAAUGACUUUGGUAAUGUUAUUGGCCUCGAAGGUAUGCAUCCAGUUUCAAUCCACCACUGGAGAUGAAACUGGAUAUCAGACAGUGGAGGUGAGAUCUGAGAGAACCCCAUUGCUUACAGACAAAGAUGAUGAUCUCUCCAGUUGGGGCUCAUCUUAUGAGUCUGUCUCUCAUGAUGAGGAGGAUUUUGAGGAAUGCAUCAGAGUAGGUUCCCUUGAAGCAAAACCACUAAAUGAUGGGGAAAACAAUAGCAAUCCCCGGCGCCUAUGCGUAAUUUGUUUUGAUGCACCAAGAGAUUGCUUCUUCCUUCCAUGUGGGCACUGUGCAGCAUGUUUUACAUGUGGAACAAGGAUUGCAGAGGAGGCUGGCAUUUGUCCUAUUUGUCGUAGGAAAAUGAAGAAGGUGAAGAAAAUAUUCACAGUUUGAGAAGGCAGAUGCCCUUGUUAGGAAGGUGUGGCAGGUAGAGCAGUUCCAAUCUCUGCUGGUCGCUGGGAACUCCUGCUUGACUACCCACUGCUACCUUAAUCCAUCAACAAAACGGGAGAUGGUCUUCUUCAAGUGACCAUAAAAAAAAAAAACCAGGAGCCAAGGCGACCCAUCUCCACCUAAAAUAGCUGCAUAGUUUUUUCCCUUGCGAUUUCAGGUGGCAUUAUAACAGGGAGAAGAGAAAGAAUGGAUGAAGCUAUGGAGCACCAUUUCAGAAAUGGAACAGUUAACCCAAAGUUUUGUUUUGUUUUUAUUUUUUAGGAUUUCCACUUUCCACCAUGUAUUAAUAUGACUGUAUUUAGGAAUUUGGUUUAAAUGCAUUGUAAGUGUAGAAAUUGAUAUUGAUCUAGUCUUACCUGAAGCAAAAUUAUUUUGCUUUUAUCAUCCUUCA